GAUCGUAAAGCUGUUUAGCUUGAUAUCGUUGUUGUUAGCUAGCCAAAACAGUACGUUAUGCUCGUCAUUGUUGUCUUUUCUAAGGUCUAAAUCGAGCUUUUAAUCUUUUUUAAUACACUGGUGGCCGUCCUUUGAUGGGAAUUACUUCCAGGAUGAUUCCUACCGAGGAUGCGUCGGCCAGGAAGAGGGAGAUAGAGGAGAAACUGAAGCAGGAGCAAGAGACGCUGUCAUUCAUCCGAGAAAACCUGGAGAAGAGUGAUCAGCUGACUAAGGGCAUGGUCUCUAUCCUGUCGUCUUUCGAGAGCCGCCUGAUGCAGCUGGAGAACUCCAUCAUCCCGGUGCACAAACAGACAGAGAACCUGCAGCGUCUGCAGGAGAACGUGGACAAGACUCUGUCCUGCAUGGACCACGUCAUCAGCUACUACCACGUGGCCAAAGACACGGACAGGAUCAUCAGAGAGGGGCCUACAGGUAGACUGGAUGAGUACCUUGCUUGUAUAGCAAAGAUUCAGAAAGCUGUGGAAUAUUUCCAAGACAACAACCCUGACAGCCCUGAACUCAACACAGUGAAAGCACGCUUUGAGAAGGGCAAAGAGCUGCUGGAGGCCGAGUUCCGCAGCCUCCUGACCCGCUACAGUAAACCGGUUCCCCCCAUCCUCAUCCUGGAUGCCAUCAGUGUGGACGAAGAGCUGGAGGUCCAGGAGGAUGUGGUGCUGGAACACCUGCCCGAAGCCGUGCUCCAAGACAUCAUCUGCAUCGCCGGCUGGCUGGUGGAGUACGGACGCAACCAGGAUUUUAUGAAUGUCUACUUCCAGAUCAGGUCCAACCAGUUGGAUCGCUCCAUCAAAGGCCUGAAGGAUCACUUCCGCAAGAACAGCGCCAACUCCGGGAUCCUCUACUCGCCCGCCGUCCAAACCAAACGCAAGGACACGCCCACCAAAAAGGCUCCCAAGAGACCAGUCUACAUCCCAGGGACCAUUCGCAAGGCUCAGAACCUUCUGAAACAGUACUCACAGCAUGGGCUGGAUGGGAAAAAGGGGGGCUCUAACCUCACUCCUUUGGAAGGAAAAGACGAUGUUCUGGACAUAGAGAUUGACUCCUACAUCCACUGCAUCAGUGCCUUUGUCAAGCUGGCCCAGAGCGAGUACGCCCUGCUGGCAGAAAUCAUCCCUGAGCACCACCAGAAGAAGACCUUCGACUCCCUCAUCCAGGAGGCGCUGGACAACCUGAUGCUGGAGGGAGACAACAUCGUCUCUGCAGCUCGCAGAGCCAUAAUGCGUCACGACUACUCAGCCGUGCUCACCAUCUUCCCUAUCCUCAGACACCUGAAAAUGAACAAGUCUGAGUUUGACUCCACGCUGCAGGGGACAGCAGCAAGCACCAAGAACAAGCUGCCCACUCUCAUCACCUCCAUGGAGACCAUCGGUGCCAAAGCUCUGGAGGAGUUCGCAGACAGCAUCAAGAAUGAUCCUGAUAAAGAGUACAACAUGCCCAAGGAUGGAACAGUACACGAGCUGACCAGCAACGCCAUCCUGUUCCUGCAGCAGCUGCUGGACUUCCACGAGACAGCCGGAGCCAUGCUGGCCUCACAAGAGACGAGUUCAUCAGCGAGCAGCUACACCUCUGAGUUCAACAAGAGGCUCCUCAGCACUUAUAUAUGUAAGGUGUUGGGGAACCUGCAGCUGAACCUGCUCAGUAAAUCCAAAGUAUACGAGGACUCGGCUCUGAGCGCCAUCUUUCUGCACAACAACUACAACUACAUCCUCAAGUCUCUGGAGAAGUCCGAGUUGAUCCAGCUGGUGACGGUGACUCAGAAAAAGGCGGAGAGUUCGUACAGAGAGCUGAUCGAGCAGCAGAUCCAGAUGUACCAGCGCAGCUGGCUGAAGGUCACAGAGCAUCUGACCGACAGGAACAUGCCUGUCUUCCAACCCGGCACCAAGCUGAAAGACAAGGAGCGGCAGGUGAUAAAAGACAAGUUCAAGGGUUUUAAUGACGGGCUGGAGGAGCUGUGCAAGAUCCAGAAGGGCUGGGCCAUCCCAGACAAGGAGCAGCGAGAUUUCAUCCGCCAGGCUCAGAGGAGGGUGGUGUCCGACGCCUACAGGGCCUUCCUGCACAGGUGCGCCAACAUCUCUUUCACCAAGAACCCCGAGAAGUACCACAAGUACCGUCCGGAAGAAGUGGAGGAGAUGAUCGGGAGGCUGUUCGACACUUCCGCCUGAGCUGCACUUUAAAUAACCCCCGACUCAUGUCCCCCUCGCUCUCCAGACACUUCAUAACCACAGACACCCUCCCUCACACCACACUCUCCCUCCCUGUGUCUGAUGGAUGCUUUGUACAAAGAUAUGAACUUGAUGUAUGUAUGUAAUUUAGCCGUUCCAGCUUAGCAUUUCAAAACAAAUAAAGGGAUCUCUUUGAA